GAGAAAAUAUCCAGCUGGCUUCCAUUUCGCCAGCUCUUCUUGGAUGAGCUGCUCAGUCACAAUGGACUGGGGGAUACCACAGCAGACCAAAAGUGCCCUGGAUGCGACAAUGUCAGAACUGUACACUGUCAGGACCGCUCAGAUGAGUGCCUCCACUGUACAGACUGCAUCAUCACAAGACAUGCCUCCUUUCCAUUACACUGUAUAUGUAGAGGUAUGUCACUCACCACCUCAUGUAUAUGGAUCUCAAAUGUUUUUGACAAGAUUACACUGCGAGAGCUAGGAUUGAUAUACCAGCUUGGUCAUGCUGGUGCCUCCUGCUCAGACCCAUCUCCUCCAUGUGCAAUCUGUAUAUGUGACAUCAAUGGGGUUCACCUAGUGAAUGUGCACUUCUGCCAAUGUGGAACAUUGAAGAAUGGCAUCAUUUACAAAUGGCAGCAACUCCUGCACACUCACUUCUUCUCUGCUAGUACAACAUGGCCGCAAACUGCAUUUACCUUCGACAUUCUUGAUUUCUUUCACGAGCUUACACUGCAAGGGAAAAUGAACCUGUACGACUUCUAUCAGACUCUUCAGGAUGUCACCGACAAUUCAGGAAGCUGCAACCUUCUGGUGAGACUGAUCACUGCACGUGGGCAUGAUCCAGCCAGAGUGGAAGCUAUGCAGGAGGGUGAACUCACUGUUGAGUGUCUGGCAUGUCCACACCCAGAUUGCAACCUACCAGCAGGAUGGGAAAGUGCACCAUCAGAUCAUCUGUGUAGAUGGCUUUAUGCAUUAUUUCUCAUGGUUGAUGCCAACUUUCACAUUCACUGCAAGGACAAAGGCCUCACUGACAAUCAUCUGGCUCCCAGAUGGGCUUAUUUUGUUGAGGAAUCGAAGUAUCUUGCACAUGUUGAGUGUACACGCCCAUCUAGAAGAGGUUCGCAUCUGAUAUAUCUGCUCCACCAUCUCAGAAUCUGA